AUGGAAAUGACAAAAGACUUAUUGAGGGUAACAGAGACAGAAGGGAGAGGGAGGGCGUUGGUGGCGGCUCAGCCACUGAAGGGCGGUCAAAUCGUUCUCAGAGACUCUCCAAUCCUCCUAUACUCUGCUCUUCCUCUCAUCUCUCCUUCUCUUCACCCUUACUGUAACCACUGCUUCAAAACCCUAAAGCAACCUCAACCUCAAGCUGCUGGUUCUUCAGCUUGUGUAUGUCCAUGGUGUUCACACCAUGCCUUCUGCAGUUCCAAUUGCCUCUCCUCUGCUCUCUCCUAUUCCCACUCUCCUUGGGUCUGCCAAGCCCUCCGCCGCCUCCGCGACUCCCCUUCCCCUCUCUCCGACCAACCGCUGGAGCGUCAGGUCCAGGCCCGCUUCCUCAUCGCCGCCUACAACCUCGCAAUCGUUUCCCCGUCCAAUUUCCAGAUGCUCUUGUCUCUCCAGGGCCAGCCAGACGACUCGGCCGCCGCCGACACCACCGCGGCUGCCCACUUUCUGCAUUAUCUCAUCUCUUCCCUCUGCGCUCCUCCUCCCGCUCUCCAAGAGCAGCAGCUGUUUUCGGCGGAGCUCUCGGCGGCUCUGCUGGCCAAGGACAAGCUAAAUGCCUUUGGAUUAAUGGAGCCCUUCUCGGAAACUUCGCAGAGGUCCAGCAGAGCCUACGCCAUUUAUCCAAAGGCCUCGUUCUUCAACCACGAUUGUCUCCCCAAUGCCUGCAGAUUCGAUUAUGUCGACGCUGACGGCGACCGCAACACCGAUAUGGUGAUCAGGAUGAUCCAUGAUGUUCCGGCGGGAAGGGAGAUUUGCUUGAGCUAUUUUCCGGUGAACCAGAGUUAUUCUAGCCGGCAGAGGACUUUGGCGGAGGACUAUGGGUUUGCUUGUCAAUGUGAUCGCUGCAAGGUCGAAGCCAAUUGGUCUGAUAAUGAGGAAAACAUUGAGGGUGAGGAAGAAGCAGAGGGCAUGAACGAGGACCAAGACCAGGAAAUGGAAGCAGCCUCAGAAUCAGAACCAGAGUCAGGUAGCGACAUUGAAGAAGCCCAAGCCCAAGUGGAAUCUGAUUUCCCGCACGCCUAUUUCUUCCUCAGUUUCAUGUGUAAUAGAACCAAUUGCUGGGGCACUCUGGCCCCUUUGCCCCCAAAAGAUGAUGGAACUCCUUCUAAUGUAAUGGAAUGCAAUGUCUGUGGCAACCUGAAGAAAGAUGAAGAGAUCAGUGGUCAUGGUCGUGAUGGGCUCUCAAUCGAUGGCUAA